UCAUCUUUCACUUGUAGUCGCUUAUGAUGGGUUUUUAAUGCGAUAGUACUUAUAGUUGGAAAGCGAUCGUGCAUGGUUGCGUUUCACCAUAAUAAUGUUCGCCAUAAGAUUAUUGGUGAUUUUCCUUAGUGUGUCAAUUAUCAAGGGCAUUUUUAAUAAAAAAAACGUGUUGGUGCUAAAAAGUUCGGAUGGACAAAGGUUUUUCUCUUAUAGUUUACUGUUGCAGAAAGGAGCAUCAAGAGAUAGUUACUCGGUUAUAGUGGGUGCCCCAAAAAACGACUUGACAAACCGCGGGGGUGAUUUGUACAAAUGCGACCUACAGUCUUGGGAAAACGGUUUAAUAAACUCGACGGACAAGUGCACACGUUAUUCCACCAGCGGUAAAAAUGUCCCAUUGAAAAGGGAAACGAAAGAAAACGCACCCCAUGGGAACCUUUUAGGGAUCAACCUUGCAGGGGAUGAUUAUGUCAAUGGAGCCGUAGUGGCAUGCGCACCAAGAGAACUCACAACACGAGGGAGACUCGUCAUGAAGUUCUAUGAACCGCCAUUUUUAAAAGGUCACUGUGUAUAUAUUAGAAACUCUUCGGAAUUGGGGAGGUCCCCAGUGGAAAUUAAACCUUUCCAGGAUAAUCUUGUAUUUCCACCUUCCUCAAAGUACCUUUCUGGGGAAUCUUACUAUGACUUUGCCUUCGGUAUGGCCGGAUUUGAUCUUUCUUAUUAUUCACAGGGUGAAAUUUUCCUGGGUGCUCCAGGAAGAAGGUCUUUUAAAGGAGCCACUGCCAGCUACUCUCUGGACAAACAGGACCUUCCUACUAUACUCCCCAAGAGACAAGCCCCCACUUCAAAUCAGGAUGAAGAAAAUACAUAUUUUGGUUACUCAGUGGCCACAGCGAAAUUUAACCCCAAAGAACACUGGUUUGUUGCAGGAGCCCCUAGGGGAAACAACCUUAAAGGAAAGGUAGAAAUAUUUUCUAAUGAACCAAAAUCCACUUUAAAAAACCACGAAUUCGGUUCGUACUUUGGUGCUUCUGUGUUGGCCCUGGACGUCACAGGUGAUAAAAUCAUUGAUGUCUUAGUGGGGGCCCCCACGUCUGGGGGCAAAACUUAUAACGAAGGCUGUGUGUAUUUUUACAAAGGCAUUAACGAGCAGUCUUUUUUGCCUAGAAUCACAUUAACUGGUUCGGCUAAAGAGGGAGCUAAGUUUGGCACAUCUAUAGUCUCUUUAGGGGAUAUUGAUUUAGAUGGUUAUAAUGAUGUGGCCAUAUCAGCCCCUUAUGAAGACCUUGGCAUGGGGGCGGUGUAUAUAUUUAGGGGGGACAAGGGAGGCCUACAAACCCAUAGUCAAAGACUUUCACCAGGUGACUUAGGUUUCUUCCAUAUAAUGGGGUUUGGACUGGGGAUGUCCAAGGGGAAUGAUGUAGAUGGAAAUGGGCAUAACGAUGUUGCCAUUGGGGCUUACAAGUCAGACACCUUAUUUGUAUUUAAAACUGACACUAUUGUGGACUUUAAUGUGACAUAUGAUACCGAAAAAACUGUGAACAAUAGCACCUUAGAGUUUAGUCUCGGGGUGUGUUUACGGUAUGGCAGGAGGAGCAGGAAAAAUGUUGUGGAAACAGUGGAUUUUCAGGUUAAGUUGGAUAUGGAUUAUCGGCUAACUAUGGGGGAUGUCAACGAUGUUUUUAGUGUGCCAGUGAAGGAAACUCGGUGCAAACAUUAUCGGUUUGGCAUAAGGCCUAACGUUAUUAAUGACAUAUCACCGUUAGAGAUCAACGUGGAUGUAAACAGCAAAACCGAGAAUGUCGUGGCCUACGGUCAAAAGUUUCACUCUGUUACUGUACCAUUUGUGUAUGGUUGCGGAGAGGAUAAUGUUUGCAAUACUGAUUUGAGUGUAAUCCUCACUAGUCCCAGCAUUAAUGGCAUCACAUUGGGCCUGAACAAACAACUAAACCUAACAGUCCGAGUAAACAACGAUGGAGACCCCGCCUAUAAGUGCGAAUUAAAACUAAUGAUCCCCGAGGGGCUGGAGCUAAGGGGUGCCAAAGAAUGCGUCAUAAAUGACAAUUUUUACACUUGUUUAGUGCACAAUCGGCUUGUGGGGGCAGUUAAUAAAUACUACAUUUUUGACAUCGUAUCCCUAUCGCCUGAUGUAAAAUCUUUGACCAUUAGCGCAGAAAUCACCAGUUUAGGUGACAACUUACCUGGCACAACCCUGGAUCAUUUUAUAAACAUUCCAGUCGUUUUGGACAGUCUUCCUUAUAUUGUAGGGUCCACUUUACCGGAAAACUUACCUUUAAACGUGGACGUGUUACAAACCAGCGAACUCGCUACACAUCAGUUCUCUAUAGGGAAAAACGGUCCGUCACCUCUACCUUUACAGUUGAACAUCUUGCUGCCUGUGCUGGAGCAAGAUGGCGAGAUGGUUUUCACUGUGGUCGAAGUAGAUUCAGGUCUGGAAAACAUGGAAAUAAACUGUUCCCGAACAAUUGAACCCCCACUAAUAACAAACUGGGAAAUCGAUAUCGAAGAAGAGUUAAUAAAUAGGGCAGAGGUGGUAACUUGCAAUGGACAUACCGAGUGUUUGAAGUAUUCGUGUACAGGGGGGUAUUUGUAUAAGUCUGGACAAGUGGCUACUUUUAAAGUAAAGGUGCUGAUCAAGCCCAAGUUACUGGUGAAAUUGUUUAAUGAAGUACUGAAAACUAAAGACAUAAUCGCCUAUGUUCCUGUGGCGUACCAGGAAGACCCUAAAACACACCUGAGCAUACACUCUUCAAGUCGUCUAUUAAUUUACAUAAACGCCUCCCAAAUGGUCCCACUAUGGAUUUGUAUGGUGGCAGUUUUAUUGGGGGUUUUACUGUUGAUCCUUUUGGGUUACGGCCUUUAUAGGUGUCACUUUUUCGAUAGGAACUACAAGGAUAUGCUCGAACAGGAGAAGGUUUUAGAUCCGAACAAUGAAGAGGAGUUUGGCGACGAAGUGGUUUUAAGGCAAAUAAAGACUGAGGACGGGGUUAAUAAUGCUUAUUUUGUUAUGUGAAUGUUAUGAUUAUGUUAAUAAGACGUUUAUCUGUAAAUAAAUAGUAUAUAAAUGAUGUUAUUUUAAA